UAAGUGACUUGAAAUGGCAUCUAGAUCUUCUUUUGAGGAGGAUUUGUCUUGUCCUGUAUGCUGCGCCCUUUUUAUAAAUCCUGUAGUUCUGUCCUGUAGUCACAGCGUCUGUGAAGAUUGUGUUCAUCGGUUUUGGGAAGAUAAAAGACGUAAAGAAUGUCCAGUUUGCAGAAGAUCUUCAAAGGAACAUCCUCCAGUUAACUUGGCUUUGAAGAACCUGUGUGAGACCUACCAACAAAAUCUGAGCCGCAGACCUUCAUCUGGAGGCGAAGGUGUCUGCGGUCUUCACAAUGAGAAGCUGAAGCUCUUCUGUCUGGAUGAUCAAGAGCCUGUGUGUUUGGUGUGUCGAGACUCCAGAAAACACACCAACCACAGAUUCUCUCCUGUAGACGAGGCCGUGAUGGACAGUAAGGCAACGGUUUGUUCAACUCAGGAGAUUCUCAAAGAUGCUCUGCAACACUUGGAGAAGAAGCGGGGAAUAUUUAAGAGUUUUAAAGAGUGUUUUGAUGAACGUGAUGAAAUCGUCAAGUUUAAUGCUCAACAUGCUGAGAGGCGGAUUAAAGCCGAGUUUGAGGAGCUUCACCAGUUUCUUCGUGAUGAAGAAGCGAUAAGAAUAACAGCACUGAGAGACGAAGAGAAACGGAGGAGUCGGAUGAUGAGGGACAAGAUUGAGGAGACCAGCAGACAGAUUUCAUCUCUCUCUCUCAAACUAUCAGAGACACAGAGGAGCAGAAACUUUACCUCCACAUUGCAAAGGUUUGUGUCCUUCCGGUUUCUCUUCUCCGUGGUUCUGAACUCAACCCUGCAGUCUCUCUUGACUUCUGAAUGUUAUAUUUUCAGAGCUCUGUGUAACCCGCCGCUUCCAGAAGCCUUUCCUGAAGUGACUAUCAGGUUCUCAAAUCACCUGACCAACCUGAAGCUCACGGUCUUACAGAAGAUGCAGGACACUCUUGCCUCAUACUUCAUCAAGCCAUCUCAUAUUCAAUCUGAUAUGGCUGCAAUGGAGAUUUCUUCCAAUCAAGAGGAAUAUAAAGGAGGGAUCCUCCAGAGGGAUGGAGGGAACUGUUUAAAAAUAUUUGGAGGUCAACGGUCUAAUGGAGACCGACAGCAGUUUCCAGAUCAUCUGGACUGUGCCACUGAUUUAUUCCCCGCCCCGGUCAGCACCACAGAACCAACCUACAACCUACCCAUGAUCCACAGAGGUCCUCCUGUGUCACAGAUCAUCCGCAGCCAGAUUAUGACGAGACAUAGAGCAUGUCCACUCUGCAGGAGAAGAGUUUCAAAGGAGCCUCCAUUAAAUCUGAAUUUGAGGAACCUGUGCAUGGCCUACCAAGAAGAGAGAAGACGGAAAUCUUCAAUAGGAGAUGAAGCCAUCUGCAGCCUUCACAAAGAGAAGCUGAAGCUCUUCUGUCUGGAUGAUCAGCAGGCCAUGUGUUUGGUGUGUCGAGACUCCAGAAAACACACCAACCACAAAUUCUGUCCCCUAGAUGAAGCUCUGACAGAUAAUAAGGAAAAACUCCAGGAUUUACUGAACCACUUACAGGAGAAACUGAUCAAAUUUGAGGAUUUUAAACAGAAUUUGGAUAAAUCUGCUAAACAUAUUAAGGCUCAGGCUCAAUGCACAGAGAAGCAGAUUAAAGAAGAGUUUGAGAAACUUCACCAGCUUCUGCGUGAUGAGGAAGCGAUCAGAAUAACAGCACUGAGAGAAGAAGAGAAGCAGAAGAGUCAGAAGAUGAUCGACAGGAUCGAGGAGACCAGCAAACAGAUCGUAUAUCUCACACGCUCCAUCAGGGAUACAGAGGAGCAGAUGAAAGCUGGAGAGGAUUCAUUCCUGCGGGACUUAAAGGACUCAUUGAAAAGAGGUCAGCAUGGUCUGUCGGAUCCAGAGAACGUUUCAGAAACGCUCAUCGAUGUUCAAAAACACCUGAGCAACCUCAAGUUCACCGUGUUACAGAAGAUGCAGGAAGAUAUUAAAUACACUCCGGUGACCUUGGACCCCAACACUGCUCACAGUAAUCUCACGGUGUCUGAUGAUCUGACCAGCGUGCGAUUCAAUGAUGAGGAAAAGCUGCUUCCUGAUAAUCCCCAGAGAUUUGACAGUUGGGAGUGUGUUCUGGCUUCAGAGGGCUUCGACUCAGGACUUCACUGCUGGGACGUUGAGGUUGGAGACCUCACAAACUGGACCUUCGGUGUGAUGACCGAAUCUGCUCAGAGGAAGGGUGACAUUCUGACAGAGAAGGGACUUUGGGUUCUUGGGUACGCUUCUGGGGAAUAUUAUGCAUUCAUUACACCAGAGCAGUCGCCUCCACUGACGGUCAAGAAUAAACUCCAGAAAAUCAGAGUUCAGCUGAACUAUGAAAAAGGAAAACUGUCCUUCAUCGAUCCUCUCAAUAACACAUUCAUUCACACUUUUACACAGAAGUUCACUGAGAAAGUCUACCCAUGGUUUGGUCUUCGCUGUGAUAUCUGUCCUCUGGUGAUCUUACCAGUCAACUGAAGAAAUCAUUUAGAGACGAAAUUACUGAGUAGAGAUGACUCCGAUUUUAACUUUAAAAUAGAAAGUUUGUUUUGUGAGCAUUUGUAAAUCAGUUCACUCUGAC